UUGUUUGGGCAAUGUGUUAAAAUGGGAUUCUUCUACUAAUUUCAAAAUUGGGGGUGUCGACGAGGCCAUCUUCGUUUCACGAUGCGGUGAGGGUUUGAAAGAUUCUGAAAGUGCUGGGCAUCAGUGGGGUUCAGACCUAUGUGAUUAACAGUUCCAGAGUCAUGUUGUUCCCGAACGAGAGGCAACUGCUGGAAAAUCUGGUGAAGGAGUCGCUCAUUUAUGCGAAAUCUGUGGAAGAAGCUUAUGGGAUCUAUUUCGGUUUGGUUCCAUUCAUUGGACUGUCAGGUACAAGCGAACAUGUGGCUCACUGGUAGAGUUACAGGGGUGCAACCUAGAGGUAGCAGGUUCAAUUCUUGGAAACAGUCUCUCCACAUAUUAUGUCGGGGUACAAGUAGAGUUUAUGACGGGUUGAUUUAACCCAAAUGAGAAUGGGCAACAUGAUGCACCUUAUCCAAAAUGCAAGCCAUGGGAAUAUAAUUUUCCGAGAUUAGUUCAUUAAGAGGCUGAAUUCCCUCCUUUAGAGUGAAACUACCACAUGAGUGCGAAUUCGAACAAUGUUUCUCCUUCCACAAGUCGUGGCAUUAGAAACUCAUCUGGAACUGCCCAUGAUCAACGCAGAGGACCAGUUGCUGCUGUGGUUGAAAGGAGCCAACCUUUGGGGGUUAGGCGGGAAACUGUCCAGAGGACUUUGGCGUUGUAUAGGGAAGAAUUAGAUAAGCUGUCCCAGGAGAAGAAAGGACCCAAAACAUCUCUUCCUACAGUUGUAGCCAAUAUCUUUCAGAAACACCAAAGGUGUUUGAACGCUACAAAACGAAUUGGACAUGUUUCGGGAAUCCAAGUUGGUGACAGAUUUCAGUACCGGGCAGAAUUAUUUAUCAUCGGCCUUCACCGUCAGCGAUCAAAUGGUAUCGAUUUCAAGAGGGGUGAGAACGGUCAAAAUCUGGCAAUAAGCAUUGUGGCUUCUGGGUGCUAUGAUAAUGACAUGAGCUCCCCAGAUGAAAUAGUUUAUUGUGGGCAGGGAGGGAAUCCAACUGUCAGUAGAAGAAUAGUCGAUCAGAGAUGGACAGGAGGUAACCUUGCAUUGAGGAACAGCAUAAGAGCCAGAAACCCCGUAAGGGUUAUUCGCGGGUUCAAAUACUCCAAGCCAUCCACCACAGAUGGCACGAAGUCUGGGUAUGUAUAUGUUGGUUUGUACUAUGUCAAGGAGUGGAAACAAGAGAGAGGAAGGUAUGGCAAGCUUGUGUUCAAGUUCACCUUAAGGAGGAUUAUUGAAUAACCUGAGAUUCCUUCAGCAGGUUUGUGCAGGUUUUGAUGAGGAUAAAAUUAUUUUGAUUGGUUCGGUUAUAUGGGCCUUGUGGCUAAAUCGGAACAGGGUCAUUUGGGAAGACGUUUGUUAUUCUCCAAGCAAGCUGGUGAAGGGAGUACGGGAUUCUAUUAUUGAGUACAAGCACAUUAGGUGUGCACCUUCGCCCAUGCCAGCCCUCGGGACAUCGAGUAGGGCUCAUUGGAUUCCCCCUCCCCCAGGUUUGUCUAAACUGAAUUGUGAUGCUGCCUUAACUUGAAAGUCAUAUGGCUACGGGGUGGUUCUUCGUGACUGUAUGGGAAGAGACAAGUGGGUCUGUGGGUUUUUCAUGCCGAAGUUGGUGUAAUUUUUUUUGGGAUUCAGUUUGCUAUUUGCCUUGGUUUGAGAGAGAUAAGAGGUGGAAAGUGAUUCUUUGGAGGUUAUCUCUACGCUAAAAGGGUCUGAGUAUUCUUUUCAUCCUUGUAGGGUCGUCCUUGAAGAUAUUCAGGCUAGAGCAAGGUGGUUUAGUAGAUAUACGAUCUCACAUAUUAAAAGAUUAGCUAACUCUGUUGUUCUUCAUUUAGCUAGGUUGGCUUACUCAUCUGCUCAGGAUGUGUUUUUAAUUGAGGAAUGUCUUCAC